AUGGAUCUACCAUCAACUUUCUUGCCUGCCGCUUCUCUCUUUCUUACAUUCUGUCUUUGCAUGUACCCUCAACUGCCAUUAGCGAAUCCUGGUUCCACUGGUAUCACCAGGCACUAUAAGUUUAACAUACGGAUGCAAAAUGUGACGAGGUUGUGUCAAACCAAAAGCAUAAUAACUGUCAAUGGCAAAUUCCCGGGUCCAAGGAUUAUCGCUAGGGAAGGCGACCGAUUGGUGAUUAAAGUGGUUAAUCAUGUCUCCAACAAUAUCACUAUCCAUUGGCAUGGAAUUCGACAACUUCGGAGCGGAUGGGCUGAUGGGCCAUCAUACAUAACACAAUGCCCGAUUCAAACCGGCCAAUCGUAUGUCUACAACUUCACCAUUAUCGGGCAAACAGGAACACUUUGGUAUCACGCCCAUGUUUCAUGGAUUAGGUCAACCCUUUAUGGCCCAAUUGUCAUUCUCCCUAGACGCAAUACUUCCUACCCUUUUGUGAAGCCUUACAAGGAAGUCCCUAUUAUAUUUGGGGAGUGGUGGAACAGCGAUACGCAAGCUGUAAUUAACCAAGCCCUUCAGACCGGAGCUGGCCCGAAUAAUUCAGAUGCUUAUACCAUUAACGGGCUGCCUGGACCAUUGUAUAACAAUUGUGCUUCACCAAUGGAAACGUUUCGGCUUAAGGUGAAGCCAGGAAAGACAUACCUUCUCCGUUUAAUUAAUGCUGCCCUCAAUGAUGAACUCUUUUUCAAAAUUAGAAAUCAUACAUUUACCAUUGUUGAUGCCGAUGCGAGUUAUGUGAAGCCAUUUGAAACAGAUACAAUCUACAUCACACCGGGCCAAACGAGUAAUGUUCUCUUCAAGACGAAAACCCUCACCUCCAAUGCCAAAUUCAUGAUGGCAGCAAGACCCUAUUCCACAAAUGCUGCCGGAACUUUUGACAACACCACCGUUGCCGGAGUUCUUGAAUACAUGAGUGAUUCCAUGUCGUCAUCUUCCAUUAAUGCUUCCAUCAAAGGCCUUCCCUUACCUACACUACCAGUUAUCAAUGCCACUUCCUAUGUGGCAAAUUGGACCAAUAAAUUUCGUAGUUUGGGUAUUUCACAGUUCCCUGUGAACGUUCCACAAACUGUACAAAAUCGGUAUUAUUUUGCGGUAGGUCUUGGAACUGACCCAUGCCCGAAAAAUCAAACAUGUCAAGGGCCGAUCAAUGGCACCAAGUUUGCAGCUUCAGUUAACAACAUAUCCUUCACUUUACCAACAACAGCACUUCUUCAAGCUCGGUACUUUGGAAAAUCAAAUGGAGUUUUCACCACUGAUUUCCCUACCACCCCUCUGAAUCCAUUUAAUUACACGGGUACCCCACCCAACAACACCAUGAUUUCCCAUGGCACAAAAGUGGUGGUGCUGCCAUACAAUACCACUGUGGAGCUGGUGAUGCAAGGUACCAGCAUUUUUGGCUUUGAAAACCAUCCUCUCCACCUUCAUGGAUUUAAUUUCUACGUAGUGGGACAAGGUACAGGAAACUUUAAUUCUGCUACAGACCCAACUAGCUUCAAUCUUGUUGAUCCCGUUGAAAGAAACACUGUUGGCGUCCCUUCUGGUGGAUGGGUGGCUGUCCGGUUCCGAGCUGAUAAUCCAGGGGUCUGGUUUAUGCAUUGUCAUAUUGAGAUCCACCUGAGUUGGGGACUGAGAAUGGCGUGGGCAGUCAUGGACCCAAACCAGAAGUUGCCUCCACCACCUUCCGACCUUCCACAAUGUUGAAUUUGAUAUCAUGUGUUUACUUUUGACUCGGUGAGUCUUUUGUUUUUCGAUUUGAAAUUAUGUACUCGUGAGUGAUUGUUU